AAGCUACCCGAGGGACACAAACAAUGGCUUGAGAAUUAAGAGUCAAGAAACGUCAAAAGGGGCCGGAACGUAUUUGAAAGUGUCAAGCCGCAGUUCCAGGCAAACAAAAACUGCGCUCGAUUAUGCUCGAUAAGUAAAGCAGAUCAUGAGAACAAUAGAAGCGAAGGUGGUAGUGUUGGGUUCUCAAGGUGUGGGCAAGACAAGCGUGGUCACUCGUUAUGUACAAAAAGUAUUCAACCACCAGGUUAAUCCUACCAUCGGAGCAUCUUUUUUCACUUGCAAGAUGUAUCUAGAAGAAACGAGAAUCAAACUUCAGGUUUGGGACACUGCCGGCCAAGAGAGAUUUCGAUCGAUGGCUCCGAUGUUCUAUCGAAAUGCAAGUGCAGCGCUGUUGGUAUUCGAUCUGACCGAUGCCAAGAGCUUCGAUGCAAUUCAGACGUGGGUGAACGAGUUAAAACGGAACGUAGACGAAGCUAUGGUGCUAGCGGUCGUUGGGAAUAAGAGUGACUUAUUUAAGGAACGCAAAGUGAGCUCCGACGAAGGGUGGAAUUAUUCUAUGAAGAUCGGUGCCACAUAUCACGAAACUUCUGCACUUCACGACGAAGGUGUCGAACAAGUGUUCUUAACCAUCGCGUUGGGCAUUAUUAGACUGAGUUCAGGAAACAUCGAUCUGACUACGAGCCUUAGAGUGUACGACUCGACCAGUUCCGGCUUGAGUAGCCCCGGAUUGCCAUUGAGUCCUUCGAGCGAAGAGAGUUUUGCCAAUACCAGCAUCGCUCACGCCAUUCACGAAAAAUCUUGGGCUUGUUGUUAAUAUAUGGUCGCCUCGGAUCGAAAGACACUGACACGAUGGUUCUAAAAAUGGCUGGUAUCACAAAUUUCAAAGUUCAACGAUCUCAAGCCUUGCGCGUUAAAUAUUCCCUAAGACUGCUAAUUCUUAACCCGUCGCUUUGUUUCGCGCAUCGUCGUUUCACUGCCCGCGAUACAACAUUUUCUAUUCAAUUCCGUAUUAAAAGGAAAGAACGAUCGACCUAAGACGUACCACCAAAUAUUGUAUGAAUUUUUCACAGCGGUAUAUAUUAUACAAAGUUUUGUACCGAGAAGAAAUGAAAUAUAUGUAUAUAUGUUUGUAAAAUGGCUCGUUCGCUGUACUUCGCGCUUAUUCGUCCUUUCCUUUACAUUUC